AGAACUUCAUCGCCUUCAUGGCGGUGGGUCACACCAACCUCUCCUCUUUGCUUUUUCUAAACGACACCCCUAGGAUUAGAGGGUGGAUCAGCAGACUCAGGGCAUGCAAAAUGAAGGAGACCACGAUAAAACACUACGCCCUGAGCGUGGCCCAGUUCAUCAGCUACGUGAAGGCCCCGUCGACCUGCCGACUUUCGAGGCAAAUGAUCGUCACCAUGCAUAAAACCAAUCAGGCGUUCGGCCCUGCUCAGGUGUCCCUGGAGCCCGAGGAGUACGAGUGGUGCCAGCGUUUCCUCAAGAUUAGGAACGAGCUGGUCGGUGGGCCGGACGCCAGGUUCUUUUUCUUUACCUCCACGCCCAAUCCCUGCAAAAAUUUGAACAGCUACUUCCAGGCGGCGUGGGCGGAGAUGAACUUGCCAGGGUGCCCGACCUUCACCGACAUCCGGAGCUCCAUCGCCACUCAUGCGAGGAACGCGCACACUGCCGACGACAGGCUCAAGAUAUCUCGGUUCAUGUGCCACGACACCAAAAUCGCAGACAGGUUUUACACAAUAAAUCUGAACCCCAGGCAGGCCUUGGAGCACCGGCGUCUGUUCGAGGCGGCGCUGGAGGGGCCCGAGCUGUCCCUGGUCAAGCAGGAGCCCAAGCGCAAGCACGCCGGGAGGAAGGCAGCCAAGCCCAGAAAGCGUGCUCGAGAAGAGGAAUCGCCAGCUGACUCACCCCGCUCCCAGUCCUCUGAAAGCAGCGCCAGUUCAGAGGGAGAAGACGUCGAGGCGGAGUCCCAUACGGACUCUGACAUGGAGGAGCAAGCCGAACCCGGCACCAGCGCCACCCAGAUACAGGCCAGCCCCCGAAGGAUGCGGCAGAGGGCUAUGGUGAUUCUGUCACCGCUGAAAAAGAAGUCCUCCCCUUUCAAAGCUAAAGUAUCAAAGUCCUUCACACCAGAGGGGCUGGCGAAAGCCAGUGAGGCCAGAGAGCGCGUGAAGGCGGUUCUUAAACUCCGCAGCGGUUUCUGCAGGAAGUGACCUUGCUGUGUGACUUGGCCACUGGCUUUCUGAUGGAAGCGAGGAGGUCGAGGUAGGCUUGGCACUUCCUGUAGAAGUCCGGAUCUGCUGCAGCCAAGUUCAGGUGGGUCUUCAAAUACUGAACAAACCGGAUCAUGUUCUUUAUGUAGUUC